AUGAGGUCCCAGUUCGUUGCAGCCGCCCUGGGCACCGCCAGUCUCGCUUUUGGCCAAGAGGACGUCCCUCGGGAGGCGCCCGAAGUGUACGGUGGUGGCUUGACUAUACUCGCCCAGAAUGAGCUCACGAACGAUCCCAGAAAAGACUCGGCUGCCGUCCUCGCCCAUGAUUGGAACAACUACCUGACCUUCGAAAAGGCCUGCCAGCUGCUCGGCGAGGUGCCGCUCGAUCCCACCCAGAUCGAGUUCGAAGCAGGUCUGAACAGCUCCCUGUCUUACCAAGUCUACCUUGGCAACUUCGACAAGGGUCAGGAGUUCUGGGUCGCCAAGGAAGCCGAGGAUAGCAAGGUCUGCCGCAUCAUCACCACUGAGGGUGAGCUCCGGGAUGUCAACUGCGACGUUGAGAUCCCAGGACUCUGCACCCAGAGCGCCCCCGUCUCCACCUCGGGAACCAACGAUGACCCUACCGACUUCCACGUCAGCCAGACCGUGGGCGACAACACCUACGUCGGCUUCCGCGACUUCUUCACCUUCAAAUUCCGCGGGAUCCGGUACGCCGCCCAGCCCGAGAGAUUCGAGCACUCUACCGUCUUCACGCCAGAGGAGUCUCUCCCAAUUCCCGCCUUCAAGGCUGGCGCCGAAUGUCUCCAACGUAUCGGAGAGGUUCGGGAAGGCAUGGAUGAGGAUUGCCUGUUCCUCAACGUCUGGACGCCUACGCUCCCAGCUUUGUGGGAUGGCGCGCCCCGCUGGGACCUGAAGCCCGUCAUGUUCUACAUUUACGGUGGUGGGCUUACGAGCGGAUCCGGCAAGAAUCCCAAUACCGAUGGUACCGGUAUCGCCUCGCGCGGAGACGUCGUCGCCGUGUCCAUCAACUACCGAGUGAGCAAUCUCGGCUUCCUGACUUUUGAUGACGGCGAACACAACGGCAACUACGGCCUCGGUGAUGUCGUGACCGCCCUUGAGUGGGUCAAGGAGAACAUUGCCUCGUUCGGAGGUGAUGCCAGCCGCAUCACAAUUUACGGCGAGUCCGCGGGCGCCGUUCUCGUCCGCGCGCUCCUCGCGUCCCCCAGAGCCCAGGGUCUCUUCACCAAUGCCAUCAGCCAGUCUGGCCCCGCUGGACUCGUCAACAACGAGCACGGCUACGUCGCCACCUACGAUAGCGUCGGGCACGUAUACGAGCACAUCACCAAGGGUGUCCUCGAGGAGACCGGCUGCAACGAGGCCGAGGAUGCCAUUGCUUGCCUUCGUGAGUACAACGCUACGGAGUUGGUCUACCUCAACAACGUCGCGUCGGGCGUCGUCGUCGACGGAGAAUACAUCGACGCCGUCUACCUCGCGCUCGACGGCAGUGGUCUAACUGCCAACGUCACCUUCAUGACCGGCACUAACCGCGACGAGCUCGGCGUCGACUUUGCCCCCAUCGACGCGGAAGACGCCAUCCUCUCGCGUGUCGUCAGCGAGUUCGAGGGCCGCUGGGGCCGCAACCUCACGGGCGUGCUUCCCUCGGGUCCCUUCCCGCUCGCCGAGGAGCCGACCGCGGCCGAUAUCCUAGACUAUACCAUCCGCAUCGGCACCGACGGCCUAUACACGUGCAUGGAGCAAGCCACCAACCACGCCGCGGCCAAGGGAGGCGCCUUCAAGAACCUCUACGCCUUCCAGUUCAACCGGACCUACAACCCCUCUGGAUACACCCAGCCCCACUGCGGGCCUGCCGCCACCGACGAGUUCCCCGACGGCGACCCCAGCCUCGAGUACAAAAAGUGCCACGCCGGCGAGCAGAUGAUUGUGUUUGGCACCGUGCGCCGCGGUGGCCUGCCCGACCGCGACGGCCUCGACGUGCCCUUUAGCCAGCUCGUCAUGGACUACUGGACGUCGCUCGCGCACACGGGCGACCCGAACCCCAACGAGGCGUACCUGGAGGCUCGUGGCUACUGGAGCACGCUGGAGCAGGUGCGCGCGGUCGGCGGGUGGAAGGCGGCGGCGGCGGGCGAGCCCAACUUGAUGAACCUGCAGUGGGAUGGCGGCCACGAGGCAUUGCCGGAGAGGGACCAGUGCGAUGCUCUGGGGAUCGAGCUGGACUUUUGGGACGGCUUCGAGUAG